GGCCAAGUACAACAGAAACGCCAAGCAAUGCACUCCUUCAGGCAACAAAUGAUGAACGGGUUUUGCUGUGAACAUGACUAACCUCUUUUGGAAGUCAAGAAAUAUUCACCUCGGCAUUGCCUUCAUGAUGUUUACAUAUUUCUACAUACUAAUAAGUUAUUUUAAGUAUAAUACACUUUUCAGUGUAAAAGUAAGCCAUCCACACCCAAGAGCUGGAAUACAGAAGCCUUACACAUUUUCUGGCUCAGUUUGUCCAGCAUCUAUAUCAGCCAACAGCAUAACACCUAUUAGAGGGACCAGGUACCUAAUGGUGUCUGCUUUCAUCAGCGAUGAGGCAAAUGGGAAGGCAAACAUCAUUGCUAUAAUGAACCGGACCCACUCAGAGCCAUUUACCUGUAUAUUUUGCUGUUCCCCGCAUGGACUCAGUAUAUCUCCUGUAAAACUGGACAAGCAUAUUGAUCACUUUGGAUUCCCUUUUGUGACCACAGACGCAUUCUGUAACAUAGAACCAACAUGCAAUGCCACACAUGUGACCAUUUCAAGACCAGAGAACCUUCUAGAAAUUCAGCAUCACCUGUAUUUGCCUCUACAGAAGCUCCUGACACAUGGGGGAGAUUUUGACGUGGACUUCACGCUGUGUAUUUCUUGUUUGUUUGGGGGGUAUAAUAAUGUCCUUCAGUUUGUGCAGACUAUAGAGACAUACAGGCUUCUUGGUGUGGAGCACGUGGUUAUCUACAACUCCAGCUGUGGCCCAGACCUUGAGAAGGUUUUGCAUAGCUACGAAGAAGAUGGCAUCUUAGAAAUAAUCCAGUGGCCAAUCCAUCAUUUCCUAGAGCCAUCCAAAGGCUGGAACUAUGAGUUACACUCAGGGGAAGUGCACUACUAUGGGCAGCAAGCCACGAUAAAUGACUGUAUCCACAGGAACAGGCAGAGGUCCAAAUAUGUGAUUCUGACUGAUGCAGAUGAAAUUAUCAUGCCAUAUCAACACUCAUCCCUGCACCAACUCAUGACAGAGCUUCAGCAAAAUAACCCUUACGUGGUGGCUUUCAUCUUUUGGACCCAUCUCUUCUUCAAUGAAAUGAACAAAGACAGUGAGAGAUUGAACCUUCCUCAGUGGAGGCAUGUGCCUGGUGUCAACAUCCUAAGACACAUCUACAGAAAGCCCUUAAAAUGGUGGGCCAACAACAAUAGCAAGAUGAUUGUUGACCCGAGGAAGGUGAUGCAGGCAUCCGUGCAUACUGUGUAUAAAAUCAAUGGAAAGUCCAUCUGGGUGCCCAGUAAUUUGGCUAUGGUCAUGCACUCUAAACCAAAGUUUCCUGAUUUAGGCAGUGAGAAACUAAUCAUGGACAAUAAGAUUUGGGAGUAUGCAGAAAGGCUGAUACCAAAUGUUAAUAAAGUGCUGCAUAAAUCUGGGAUUUUGAAGUGAAAAAAAAUUGUCAAUUGUGCAAAAAAACUGGCUAGUCAUUUAAAUAUUUGUGCCUUCUUUUUUUAUUAUUAAUCAAUAAAAACACAAAUUUAAAAAAAAA